CUUAAAUACAUUUCUUUAUUCAGUUGAUGGAAAUUCGAGCAAUUGCACUCAGAUUUUACGUAGACAUACAAGUGGAAACAGCUAAGGGUCAUAUACAAAUGGCUGGUUCUGCCUCGAAUAUCAUGUGUGCAUCUGAUGAGAUUCAUAGAAUAAUGCGAGAUGCUGUUUCUCUUGAGAAUGCAAAAAAAUUGGCGGCACGUAUGAGUUAUCUUGUCCAGUGGAGCUACAUAAAGAUAGGAGAAACUGGCCAGACACUGCAACCAUAUGACAAGGAUUUGAAUUACAAGAUAGAAACUGCAUACAUCUCGAAUUCACAAAAUGUGAAAUUCAGCAUUGAUAAAACCAAAUAUGUGCUGGAUUUCCACAAAAUGGAAAAGUACCCUGAGGAUGAUGCGACUGAUGUUUUGAAUGUUUUACGUAGAGAUAUUGUGAAGCAGGAUGCCUUUGAACCACCAGCACUUUGGGCAGACAUGCUCGGAAAUCUAAGAGUUGUUUCAGUGCCGGCUACAAGUCAAGAAUAUCAAAAUGUAUCACAAAAGUUUGUGUCUUCGGCUGGGGCUGGUUUUACUGUUAUUAAGGUAGAACGUGUGCAGAAUAAGACACUUUGGGCUCAGUACCGGGCAAAGAAGAAACAGCUUGAUGAUCAGAACCCACCCAAUACUAAAAAUGAAAGAUUAUUAUGGCAUGGCACAGCAAUGGAAAUAGUAGACAAUAUCAAUGCAUAUGGAUUUAAUAGAAGUUACUGUGACAAAAAUGCCACGAUGUUUGGUAACGGCGUAUAUUUUGCAGUAAGUGCACGGUAUUCAUGUACAAAUACAUACCCCCGACCUGAUCCUAGUGGCGUGAAGAGGGUGUACUAUUGUCGUGUGUUGACAGGGGAGUUUACACAAGGCAAACAAGGAAUGCGUGUAACGCCUAACAAAGGUGGCGCUGGGAGCACAGCCUUAUAUGACUCUGUUGUUAAUAGACCAGGCUCUCCAGGAAUGUUCAUCAUAUUUCACGACACUCAAGCCUAUCCAGAGUAUCUUAUAUCAUUUAAGCCGCAGUAAAAAAUCCAUGAAAAUAUGAGGAGAAAUAAUGACGGUGUAUGGUUCAGCCAUCUUUUUACUCUGCUUUCAGGUUCAGUAUAUUCUAAUAUUUGUAAACUGUGACAAUGAUCAGCAUGUAUUUCAUAGUGCUGUAUUACAUUUGACACAUUGGAUAAAUUUGAAUCUUGUUGCCUGGUCAAAAUAAUUGAAAAAAUGAUACUGGCAUUGGUCCGUUACAAUGCAAAAAUGUAAUUGUUCUAAAUGAAAAUGUUGUAAACAGAAUAAUAAGAACCAAAUUACAAACAAUUUGUAUAAAUAUAUCAAGUGUUAUGUAUAGCUGAAGUAUUUGGUAUAGUUAAGGUAACAAUGCUGAUCCUAUUUAAUAUAAUUCGAUGUUCGUUUACAAUUGUUUAUUGUAAGCACAUGGUAAAAGCUAUUCACAUUUUAUCGGUGCGUUAAUUUAUCACAGGUGUUUGAAGCUCAAUGAAAUAUAUGUGCAGGUUAGAUCUCAUGAAGAAUAUAUUAGGUGGGUGGGAUAUGGUAAUGCAUAUAUUUAUCAUGCAACUACUAUGCAAAGUACCUGAUAUCACCUGCCUGAUAUUUUAUUGACCUGAUAUAAAAAUUAAGCCCCUCACAUAUUUUACGGACUAGUUUUUACAUCAUUCAAGAUUGAAUUAUUUUACAGAGUCCAGUUUCGAAUUUGCACAUGUUUUUCUAAAUAGAUUCUAUAAUCUCAACAAAUUUCCUCGAAUGUGGUUGUCUCUAAUUUUAUCACACAACAAUAGCACUGAAUGACGUCACUGUGAAACGUUCAUCAUGACAUCACAAUGUUUACAUGGAUCGAUUCUUUGAAAUGUUUACAAUACACUUGACAAUGUAUGAUAUAUUAUUCUUGAUUUAUGCCUAAUUUAAGGCAUGCACAUUUUAUUAAGUAUUAGCAGAAGUAUUUGUGUUAAUUAUUAUUCUUGGAUCAGUUAAUUAUAAUUCUUGGAUCAGUGUUAAUUUAGUGAUUUUAAAAUCUUUAAAGUAUCUCAGAGACUCUGACCUGAGUCUGGAAAUGGAAGUGAAAUUUUCAGCGCUUUGGACAUGUAGAUGUCGGAGUCAAAUGGUUCAUACUAUAGAAAAAAAAAGUAUGUUCUGGUUUAUUCAAGAUCAUGAUUUUUGAUUUUUUAUGCAGGUAAGAGUUUAUUUCGUUGUUAUUUUUAUAACAAGAAUAUCAGAAAGUCAAUAAACUUUGUCGGAGUUGAAUUCAAUAUGGCUGCCGUAUUGUUUCGUUCAGAUGUUUCAGGGGUGGAUGAAUGUUCAAAUCCGUAAAAUAUAAAUUUAAUUUUUUGCUUCAGUAGACAUUUUUUACUGAAUAAGUGAUGAAGACAUAUGUUGCUCUAAGCAGUUUGUGUGAGUUUCAUGAUAAAUAGAAUAACAGGCUACUGUCUUUUGAUAUCAAUGUUAUCAGGUCUCGGCUGAUAUGGGUGGAAGGAGUUCGGUUCCCUCACCCCUUCCAGCCCAUAUCAACCUCGACUUGAUAACAUUGAUAUCAAAAGACAGCUGAUGUCUAAAAACUGUGUGUCUUCAACAUUGAUUAUAAAGAAUUGUAAUAUGUAAAAUUCUAUGUAUGUAUAACAUUGUACCUGAACUGUAGUGUACUCGUUAAAUAAACUCUCUGUUCUGUUUUUUUCUGUUAAUACUGCAAAAUUAUUGUACUGACACAUGCAUUUCUCCCAAUAUCUAACAUUUCAUCAAUUAUUGUGCGUACAAAAUACCUUCAUUUGUACAUCGCAUCAAUAGGUAUUUUGGGGGUGUUUUAAUUGAUUUAACUAAAUUAAUGCUCGCAUUAAUUGCCGUUGUUGAUUAUUCCAUAAAGGAAUUUAAUUGAACAGAAGAAGCCUUUAACCCCUCUUCAGUUAUUUUUAUGGUCGGUGCCGAGCGUUAAAUGUAUCAUAGGUAAGUCCAAAUAAUUAGAGGGAGGUUCAAAUGAUUUAGUCUCUGUUAAUUUGGCAUUCCAUACCUUGGGAUAAGCUCUGUAUUGAUUAACAUUUUUUGUCUGUUCUUAAGUUUUCGCCAGAUAUUGUAUAUCGAUAAUCGUUUCAAUUUGUAAAAGUUUAAUGAAAAAAAAAUGAUAAAAUAGAAUAUCUGUAGAAUAAAUUGAACGAUUCACCUGCGAAGUCGGAAAAAAUUGUUAAAAUCACGAGCGUUUAACGCUAAAAAGGCGCAAAUCUAUUGUUGCCGCUAAAGAGCGCUUCGGCGUCAAAACUAUAUCUGGUUCAGAUAUUUAUUAAAAAGAUGCACCAUGUGAAAGGGGAUGCAUUUCCGUUUACUUAUACCGAAUAUCAUCACAUUCUUUAUAGCAUGCUUACCUCUGGUGAUUAUAUGAAUUCAUUUGCUUUUAUGUCAUAAGGUUAAAGAAAAGGUCAUUGUCAGAGAAUACUUUAAAAUUACACUCCUAGUUACUAGUACCUCAGACUGGCCAUCAUAUUGGGCAUAUGUGUUUUGCUGACUGCACGUGUCACUAUCAUAGUUAUCUUUACAAAGGGUGUUAACAAUUUCGUACUGAAUACAGUCCUGAGUUUUUUUUUGAGUUUUUUUCUCUCACUUUCUUCAAAGCACUUCUGUGUACAUGUAUUUUGUAAAUUUUUGAAAUUUGAAAAACGCCUGAUAUCUUACAAUUUAUGCUUGUUUACUUAUAAUAUCAUAUUCAUCAUGCAAUUAAAUAAGGGACCCGUAAUGAUUACCGGAAAUAUCCGUUUGAUUAUACUUAAGAAAUGCUUUUUUUCGGUGUUAAGGCGAAAUGAAUGACAGAAUAGGAUCGGCAAAUCCAUGAGUCGCGCUAGCAAUUCAUAUAUAAUUUGCUGAUCCUAUUCUGUUGUUCCUAUUGCAUGAACUCCGAAAAAAAAUUAUUUUCUUAUAUUUACACUGUAUGUCCUUUACAUUUGUAUACAGGAUUAUAUUACAAAUUGCACAUAUUUUGUUGAACUUAACAUUAGUCAGUUUCCACCAGAUGGAACAACUGUGAUGUCAUCUAAGGAACGUUCUCCCUGACUCUACGCUGAGUUCGCCAAAACAUCGGCCCGUUAUCACUAAGCAGCUUUGACGUUACUUUGGCGCCUUUAUUUUAGCUGUUCAUACAAAACGGGAAAAGAAUAGGGCGAAUGUAAAUAUAUGUAUUUUAAAUAAAUUGGAAUUUCCUAGCAGCUAUGAACAUCCUAGCACUAUUGAGAAAAUAUGAUCGCAUGGAACUUGCCUGGUGUGAUUACGGGUCCACUACCUGCAGUGUGUUUAACAAAGGAUGAAUGACAUUUUGCGAUUGCAAGAAGUGUUAAAUGUAAUGUAAUUUUUACUUUUACUAUAUCUUAUGUGCGGAAAGAAAAAAAAAAUUCGUAUGAACAUAUUGGCAUUGCGAUAUCAAGGACGGUCCUUUCCAUAAGAUUGCACGCGCAACAUGACGCCAUUAACAAAAAAAAUGACUCGACACCACUUUAUUGAUUUUCAUAGAAUUUAGCGCUAUUUUAAAUAGAAGCAAGGAACUGUAUUUCUAUCCGGAAGAUGAAUAUUACAACAGAACGUGGAUGAGUCUGUUUUGCCGUUCUAUUUAUAUUUUUAAUAAAUAUUUGUUUUUCUAGUUCUCAAGGAAAGCAGACCACCUAUUUUUAUAGUAAUCUACGGCAAGGAAAUGUAAAUAUAAGAAUUAGAUAAAGCUAUACAUGGAUUUGCAAGUACCAAUGCUGUUUAUAACCGUAUAAAUAGGAGUUAAUUCUUAAAUUAGUGGUAAUGACAUAAGAUAAUGAAUGUAACGAUAUAUAUUUUGAAAUAAUUCUGUAUUUACAUUUUUCUUGUAUCUGUAUGUCUAAAAUAUUUAUCUUCAGUAAUUAGAAUAAGUGUUACUAUCUGCUCUAUUUGGUAUUUACAAUUAAACGCUCUUUCAAAAGA